AUGAGCCAUGCUCCUCAUAAAAACUCCAACACCCUUUGGAGGAGAUCUUAUGCUCCCUACACUGUGCUAUGCCCUUCAAAAUGUUUGAUUAGAAAAGGUGAUAUGCAACUUUCACAAGAGGAAAAGGAUUAUAUUGAAAGGCGAAACAAUCUCACGCAAGUAGAGCUAAAACGACUAUUCUUGAAAAACAGAAUACCCGAUUUCGAUGAUUCUGGGAUCUUUGAAGCCAAUAAACCGAUACGAAUAGCAAUAGCUGUUUCUGGAGGGGGCUACCGGGCAAUGUUAUUGGGAGCUGGUAUAUUAAGUGCAUUUGACAAGAGAACACCAGGUUCUGAUUUCAAUAGCUCAGGUUUGGACGGCUUGUUACAGGCUACUAGUUACCUAGGUGGAAUUUCUGGGGGGUCCUGGUUGGUCAUGAGCAAUUUUGUGAAUGAUUUCAGACCAAUUCAUGAGUUGAAGAAUGAUCAGAAGACAUGGGAUUUACAUGCACAAUUGUUGGAAGGAGUUCCAAGUUUUGAUCCCAAUAAGGUUCAAAACCAAUUAAAGAGUUCCUUCUCUGCGCCCAUUUUAGGGAAACAAAGUGUAUUAAAGAGCAUACUUAGAUUUUUUGGAUUUAGAAAGUCAACCUCAGCUAGAACAUCGUUUCAAUCGUUUCAAGGUACUCUCAACUCUACAGUGCAAAACAAGUUUUCAUUGCGGAAGGUGUUCUUAUUUUAUAAAGAAUUGCAAAUUGAAGUCAGAGCAAAGAGAAUGGCAGGAUUCCAUCUAUCCCUUACCGACUAUUGGGGAAGGGCACUUGUGCGGAGAAUAUUUGGAGUUUCUGCUCGUACACCUGGGGCAACUGUAACCAGUUGCACUAACUUACCUUCAUUCAAGAGGUACGAACAACCGUUUCCAAUUAUUGGGACAAUUCAGGCGUUCCCAAAUCAAACUACAACUUCAAAGAAUUCUCGCUUAUUUGAAUUUACACCCUUUGAAUUCGGUUCGUGGGAUUCGUAUAUGAAUGCUUUUGUACCAAUGAAAUACCUUGGAUCCUCAUUAAUCGCUGGCGUCUCAAAUACUCCUACUAGGGACCCAAAUGUUUCAUUUUGCAUUUCAGGGUUUGAUAAUAUUGGUUUCAUUACUGCUACUUCAUCUUCGCUCUUCAAUCAUAUUUUCCCGUACCUCUUUGAUUUGUUGACAGACAUCAAACUGGAUUUUUCAAGUGCAAUUUCAAUAAUCUUAAAGUCUUUUGGGCUUAGCCUCGACUAUAAAUCUGUGCUAAAACCCCAAAUGCAUCCUGAUUAUGCAUUAAUUCCAAAUCCUUUCUAUGGCUUCAAUACUAAGAACAGUGUUGGCAAGAAUCUCUCUAGCACUCAGCAUAUGUAUUUGGUCGAUGGUGGGGACGAUGGCCAGAAUAUUCUAUUCCAAUCUUUCUUGGUAAGAGCCAGGGAAAUUGAUAUCAUACUUGCAUAUGACCUCACUGCAGAUGUCUCCAAUUUCCCUAAUGGGACCACAUUGUACCACUCACUGAAGCGGUUCCAUAACAAAAAUAGCUCAUUCGUUCUACCAAGCUUUCACUCAACUCCACCCAACAGUACCACUACCCAUAUCAAAUCAGUAUUUCCUGAAGUACCUAGUCAGAAACAAAUUGUGAAGUUAUUCCUCAAUCAAAGACCAGUUUUCCUAGGCUGCGAUGUGGCCAAGGACUACCCCAUAAUUGGGGAACUUCUGCUGAACUCUACAGUGGUUGCGAAAGAUGAAGUAUUACCUCCUUUGAUUGUAUACACUACAAAUGCCGACUAUGGGUACUUAUCUAACACGUCGACAUUCCAGCUAAGUUACACCCCCAAAGAGAUCCUGGGAAUGAUCCAAAAUGGAUUCAAUCUAGCCACAAGUUCCAACUCUUCGUUUUUUGCCGUGUGUCUAACAUGUGCCAUCGCAAAGCGACACUGGGACAGGUCUAACAACAACGGAACAAACAUUCCUUCUACGUGCAAACGUUGCUUUGAGACUUACUGUUGGCAUAAACCUAGCAGUCUAUCGUGA